GCGCAUUAGGCGCAAGUUUGCAGUGGUGGCACGAACAAAAGCAUUUUGGUGUGGUGAAAUUUCAAAAGUGAUCAUAAAUCACUGCCAGAAUGAGCGGCGGAGGCGUGGAAGAAGGUAACGAUUUGGAGUUCACUCCGACGUGGGUUGUGGCCGUCGUUUGCUCCGUCAUCGUGGCCGUUUCCCUCCUCGCCGAGCGUCUUCUUCACUAUGCCGGAAAAUUUCUUAAGAGGAAGAACCAGAAGCCACUCUUUGAAGCUCUCCUCAAAGUCAAAGAAGAGUUGAUGCUGAUGGGAUUUAUAUCUCUGCUUCUGACGGUAACACAAAAUGGGAUCAUAAGAAUCUGUGUGCCAGAGCAUUGGACACACCACAUGCUUCCAUGUAAAUUUGAGGAUAAAGAAGAAGAAACAAAAACAACAUCACAUUUUCAGAAUUUUUUCUCUUUCUCUGGAAAUCUCAGGCACCUUCUAGAAGCUUCCAAAUCAGCAGAAACAGGGUCCCAAACUGGAUAUUGCGCUCGGAAGGGCAAGGUGCCUCUAUUGUCCAUUGAAGCACUUCAUCACUUGCAUAUCUUCAUUUUUGUGUUAGCUAUAGUUCAUGUAACCUUUUGUGUUCUCACAGUAGUUUUUGGAGGAUUAAGAAUACGACAGUGGAAGAACUGGGAAGACGCUAUUGCAAAAGAAAACUAUAAUUCAGAACGAGUUUUGGAACCAAGGCCAAUGGUGACUGAAGUUCAUCAACAUGAAUUUAUAAGAGACCGUUUCACAGGUUUUGGCAAAGAUUCUGCUAUUUUAGGAUGGAUGAAAUCCUUUUUCAAGCAAUUUUUUGGAUCCGUGACAAAAUUAGAUUAUGUGACAUUGAGGCUUGGUUUUAUUAUGACCCACUGCAGGGGAAAUCCAAAGUUUAAUUUUCACAAGUAUAUGAUUCGUGCUCUUGAAGAUGAUUUCAAGAAAGUUGUUGGUAUAAGUUGGUAUCUUUGGAUCUUUGUGGUCAUCUUCUUGUUGCUUAAUGUCAAUGGUUGGCAUACAUAUUUCUGGAUCGCUUUCAUCCCUGUCAUUGUGCUGCUUGCGGUAGGGACAAAGCUGGAACAUGUAAUAACCCAAUUAGCACAUGAAGUGGCAGAGAAGCAUGCAGCCAUUGAAGGUGAAUUGGUGGUUCAACCAUCUGAUGAUCACUUCUGGUUUCACCGACCUCGCAUUGUUCUCUUCUUGAUUCACUUCAUCCUUUUCCAAAAUGCUUUUGAGAUUGCUUUCUUCUUCUGGAUUUGGGUUACUUAUGGGUUUGACUCGUGUAUAAUGGGUCAAGUUCGUUACAUUGUUCCAAGGCUCAUUAUUGGGGUAUUUAUUCAGCUUCUAUGUAGUUACAGCACUCUCCCACUCUAUGCUCUCGUUACACAGAUGGGAACUCACUUUAAGAAGGCAAUAUUUGAUGAGCAAUUACAAGUGAAGCUUGUUGGUUGGGCACAGAAGGCAAAGAAGAAAGGACCAAGACCUGAAAGUUCUCACAACGGUUCUUCAACCGCCGCUAAUAAUAAUAAUAAUAAUAAUAAUGGAGUUCAGCUUGGCUCAAUUUUCAGGAGGGCUUCAGCAUCUCCCCCAGAAGACCAUGCCAAUUCCAUUGUCCCAAUCUAAACAGAGCAUGCCUCCAAUAAUUAAUAGUAAUUAAAAGGAUAUAAAAAAGAAAUGAGAUUUUUAAUAUGUACAUUUAGUGUUGUUAAAAGUUUUGUCUUUGUUAAUAAAAUUUUGUGCUUAUAAAUGUGUAUCUAAAAUAUCUACGAUCACUCUUUAUGAAUAUUAUCGAUAAUAAUAAUGAA